AUCACGGGGUCCACCUCUGGGACUCACCUCAGUCCCAUCUUCAGCAGGUCUCCAUUUUCCACUUUACUAAAUAUCAGAGGAAGAGAUUGAGAGGCUGGAUGAGAUUUCUGAGAAGCAUCUGGGGGGGAAAUCAUCAUCAUCAUCAUGAAGAGGGGAAGAAAAUGGCUUUUCCAUCGGACACUCAUGAUUUCCAUUAUUUUCAUUGUUCCUGCCGUGAUCGAUUGCCAGAAGCAAAAGCGUCAGAUAUUUCGCGAACAAGUGCUUCCAGCUCUUGGGGGAAAAAUUCCAGAGGAGGCGUUUAGAACCGAUCGUUUGGCACUCAAUCGGCUGAAUAAAGAAGGCAUUACUGUUGUUGAUGGUGUGAUACUCGAGGCGCGACAUGGAGACAAACAUCCAACUCACGAGCGAAUCCAGCCUGAAGUCAUAAAGGUUUAUGCGACUGUUGAUAACAGAUACGUUCCACCAGAGGGUAGAUAUCAUUACGAGCACCCGAAGACUGUGGAUACGACGUACGUAAUUAGGAAGCCAAUUGUCGAUGGUGUACACACCCCCAAUUAUCGUCAUGAAUCGAUUUACAAACCACCAGUCAAGGCCCCGGGGUACCUGAAUUUCCGUGGACAAAAUUCAGUUUCCGUUCCGAAAAUCUAUAAACCUGUUAUUAAACCUCUCAUUAUCCCUGCGAGUGACAUUUUAUUCUCAGGGUUUUAUCAUCCGUCCUGGAAUCAUCCGCAUGCCUUCGGCUGGAGUGGAGGAAAAUUCAGGGAACAAUUUCACACCGGCAAUCCACCGAUAUUUGAUACUCAGAUAAUAGGAAACUACGGGGGCUUUCUCAACGAUUUUCACGAGAGAAAAUUGCGUCACACUGAAAAUCCUAUCCAUGCGAACGCCAUAACGACCUCAGGGAAGACCAUUAAAACUUCCGUAAAAUCUAUAUCCGAGAAAUUACAGUCGACGUUCGAAGACUCGAAAAGUGGAGCGAACAUGCCAGAGACGGGAUUUUCAUGUCACGAGAGGACUGGAACGUUUGCUGACACCGAAGUCAAGUGUCAAGUCUUCCAUGAAUGCUCUGAAGGGAGAAAAGUGUCCUUUAUAUGUCCGUUUGGUACUGCAUACAGUGAACGAUUGAGGAGAUGCGAAUGGGAUCAGCAAGUCAAAUGCAGUCUCAUGCCUGGCAAGGGAGUCUCAACCACAACGGAAGCUGGACCAGUUUACCUCAACGUGAAACUCCGUACGGUCAUGGCAAGGAGCUACACAGUCCUACAAUAUCUCGUUAUCAUCGGGGGAUUCACCUUCACCCUCUCGCAGGAUCGGAGGUUCAGGAUUCAAGUUUAUGAUGAGUACCCGGAGUAUCAAGAGUAUCAGGAAUUUCAGGAUUAUCAGGAGGAUCAGCCACCUCGGGAGGAGGUGAGGCAUCAACCAGUUCAGGGGCCUGUGCAGCUCCAGUUUAAAAAAGAAGAGAGGAAAAAGGAACAGGAUUUUAGUAAAAUUCCUGGAGUUCCUGGGGUGGAUUUCCCCUUGUAUCAUCAGGUUCCAAAGACUGGAUUCUCGUGUUCAAGGGUGCCUUUUGUACCCGGGAUGUAUGCCAAUCCCGAAACCGGCUGUCAGGCUUACCACGUUUGUCAUGACGGACGGGAGGGCCACCAGGGGGCCUCAUUCCUCUGCAGCAAUGGUACGUUAUUCAAUCAGAAGGAGUUCGCCUGCGACUGGUGGUACAAUGUUAACUGUCAUGAGGCAACCAAACUCUAUGGAUUGAAUGGGGAUUUGACGACGAAUCCAUUCGUCCCGAAGGAUCGCAAAGAGGCGAUAGCACGUGAGAAGCUGAGAAUCGCAGUAUUUUGAAUCCAAGUGGCAUUUCACGAAGAUGAAAGUUUUUAUUUAAAUCCCCUGAAGACCAGCAACACCAACACAUGAAGAAAUUCGCCGCCAUAACUUCAUCUCCUGCAUUUUCAAUUUCAACGCGGAAAGCUCAAAAAAUCAUCAUAAAAUUAAUCUCGCUGAAAUUUCUCUAUUUUUUAUUACCUUAUUUAAAUUAUUUAACUGAUACUUCAUUUUUAUUUGAGUUUCCUCUUUCGAAUUGAAAACGCAGAUACUCUCUAAAUUUAUCAAUUUCCCUUGAGGCAUGAGAAAAAUAAUUGGAAUAUAUGGAAUUAAUGAAAUUAUAUUAUAAAUUAAAUCCCUCCAGAAGUCACUGGCCCAUUCGAAAUGUUCCAAUUAAUGUACGACCAAAUAAAAUGCAUAACC